UGUGGUCUUCCUGUGGAGCUGCCAUGGAGCACAAGGUGAUCUGUGUCCUCGCUAUGGUCCUCAUGCUGGCCCUCAGCAGCCUUGCCCAGGACCAGGAAGAAACAUGUACCGUGACCCCCAAGGAGAGGUCAAACUGUGGCUUCCCCGGUGUCACCGCCGAACAGUGCAAGGAGAGAGGUUGCUGUUUUGAUGACAGUAUCCGGGGGUUCCCGUGGUGUUUUAAGCCUGUGCCCAUCGAGAACCCGCAAGAAGAAGACUGUCCCUUCUAAGGUCCAUCCUGGGAGAACUGGUUACAUCAAGACUUGGCACCCCCCACCUGGACACUGGAGCCACCUGGCCCACCUGCUACAUACACACCUAUUCUGUGGCUGGAUGUGGCCUGGUGACACAGUUCGAUGUCUCCAACUUUUAGUCCUCAAAUUCGGCCUGAGAAUUAAAAGAGAUGAAUG